AAGAGCGGGAUAGGAGAGAGAGAAAGAGAGGGGAUUCGUGUUUCUUUCCCGGGUCCACAAGCCAAGAAGAGCCCAGCGCGCAGGAGAGACCAGCCCUCCAUCCUCCAUCCUUUUGGCUCCUGCGAGUUAUGACCAUGACUAGCCAAAAGUGGGACCGCAAAGACGAGAAGAAGCUGCUGAAGCCCCUGAUGGAGAAGAGGCGCCGGGACAGGAUGAAUCAAAGCCUCGACCGGCUCCGGGUCUUGCUUUUCGAAGCCACCCAGGACGAGAGACUUAAAAACCCCAAAGUGGAAAAGGCAGAAAUUUUGCAAAAAACAGUUCAGUUUUUGAAGACACAGCCUUUAUCAGAGACGAAACACAAGGAAGAUGCCCUCCUGCAGAGGUACCACAGCGGCUACCGGGAGUGCCUGACCCAAGCCACCCACUUCCUCCGGGCCAGUCCGGGGAUCUGCACGGGGAAAAAGGCCUACCUGAUGGAGCACAUCUGCCACUGCAUGGAGAAGAUCACAGCCAGCCCACGGAGGGAAGUCCACCGGCCCCCACCGGCCGCCCCCACCCCCGGCUACGACCUGCAGCAGCGGUACAGCCCAGAUGUCUUCGCCGGGUGUAGCCCUCCGCUCGGUGGGACCCCCUAUGUCCUGCACCCGCCUUCCUCCACCUACCAGGCCAGCCAAGGACUGCAGGCCCGACUCGGGGGGUCGGCCCAGCAGGGCAGCUGCAGCAGGGCGCAGCAGAACAAACUCUCGGAAACGCGGAACUCCUCGCCGCAGUCCCCGCAGGCGCUGAACGUAUGGAGGCCCUGGCCUUGAAGGGUCCUCCCCCCUCUAAAACCCCCUUGUAAAUUUAUAUUAGAUUCUCUAUAUAUUGUAUAUUAUGGGUUUUAUGUUGUCGAAUGUGGUGUUGUUGAUUUUGGAUGGGGCCUCUCUUUUGUGGGGUGGUGGUAGAUUCCCGCCUCCUCGUAAAUUUAUAUUAGAUUCUCUAUAUAUUGUAUAUUAUGGGUUUUAUGUUGUCAAAUGUGGUGGUGUUUUUUUGGGAUGGGACCUCUCUUUUCUGGGGUGGUGGUCGAUUCCCUUCCUUUCCCUGUACUGAUUGACAAAGAAUGCCCUUUGACAUCUCAUAAUUAGGCCGAAUAAUAGAGUUGGAAAGGGAUCAGUCCCCUGCAAUGCAAUGAACCUGGACUAUAACUGUGGGAUCGUAUGCCUGGAGUGGCCUAAUCCAGCAACGGGGUGGUGGGGGAAAUUGGUGAGGUGUUUUCUUUUCCUUAAGAUGUUCUUGUCUGCUGAAUUUAUGUAGAGUGGAGGGCUGCUUUUCUUUUUGAAGAACCCCAAGGCAGAAUUUUUCUGGAUCCUGGCUUGAUUUUUAAAUAAAUGGUUUUCUCUCUGAUACCAAAAAAAGAAA